AUGAAAAAUUACUUACUACUUAUUUUUAUUUUUAUUAAAAUUUCUAAUGGAGAAAUUAUAAAAUGUCUUGAUAAUUGCGAUUGUGAUGAUGUUGAAGAAAUUAUUCAUUGUCAUAAGUUGGGUUUGAAGUUAUUAAAUUUACCAAAACGUCCAGUUAGAAAUUAUAAAGUUUUAAGAUUGACUAAUAACAAUUUAGAAUAUUUACCUAGUGAAGAAGUAUUAAAAAGUAAAUUUCCACAGUUGGAGGGAAUUGAUGUUGAAGGAAAUCCUCAUUUUGAUUGUGAUUCUAUUAAAUAUUACAAAAAAUUAACAAUUUUUAGUGACUGUACAGAGGAUGGUAAAAAUGAGUCAAAUAAUAUAGAGACAACAACAAUUAGUAUACCAAAUAAUGAGGAGGAUUGUGAUAUCCCAUGUAAAAUUAGUAAUAAAGCUCGAGAUUUUGCUAAUUAUGCCAAAAAUUAUUGGAAAAAAUUAAUGGAAAAAUUACAACAAUUUGAUAAAGAAAACAAAACAUGGAUUGAAAUAAAGGGAGUUUUUAAUAAUUCUGCCGAAAAUAAAUUUCCUUUUCUUGCAAAUCUAUCAAAACAACAAAAGGAUUCUUUUUUUAAUAUUAGAAAAAAUUCAGAACUUACAAAACAAGAUGUUAGAGAUAGAGAAGCAAAAUGGGCAAUUGGAAUUAGUAGUGAUGUUAAACGUGCUUUUGAUGAGUAUACAAUUAAAGAAGAUCAAAUCAGAGUAGAUUAUCAAAAAAAAUUACUAGAAGCAUCAGAAAGUUUAUCUCAACAAGCUAAAGAAGUUUUUAGAAAAAUUGAAGAUGUAAAAGCUAAUAUGGAUAUUACCAAAAAAGAGGAAAAAAAAAUUAUUUCAAGAAUUUUGUCAAAGACAUCAUCUGAUAUAAAACAAGAAUUAAAAAGAAUCCUCCCAAAGAAAGAUGAAUUUUAUAAGCAACAAGCAAUUAAAAAAGUUGACAAUACAUAUGGUAUAGAUCCUGAAUUAGUACAAAAAUAUCUUGAUUUAAAAAGAAAAUCUAAUAAAACUAAAUUAGAAAUAAAAAAUGAGCAAGCAAAAUUUAUUGAAGCUCAAGAUGCUGAUACACAAAAAAAAUUCAGAGAUCACCUUCAAGAGGUAGAUGCAAGAAAUGAAGCUAAACAAAAAAAAGAAAUGGAACUUUAUGAAAAAUUGUCAUCACAGGCUAAAGAGGUUUAUGAUAAAAUUUUAGCUGUACGUGGAAAUGAUGAAUUAACUUACAAAGAAGAAAAAAGACAAAUUAAAGAAAUUAUAAAUGGAGCAUCAAAAAGUGUAAAGAAUGAGUUAAAAGUAUUUAAACAAAACAAAUAA